AUGACGCCUACUCCGCUGCCUGCAACGCUCUCCGGCGACAUAGACACGCUAAUGAUCGAUAACUUUGAUUCGUUCACCUGGAAUCUCUACCAAUCACUCUCACUUCUCGGCACUCAGGUCACUGUCGUCCGUAACAAUGCACUCACUGCAGAUCAGCUUCCCCUUCUCCGUAUCAACAGGCUUAUAAUCAGCCCAGGUCCUGGACACCCAAAGACUGAUUCAGGUGUGUCAAGAGACGCGAUCAAGUAUUUUGCAGGCAAAGUCCCAGUUAUGGGUGUGUGCAUGGGUUUGGAGUGUAUCGUCGAUGUAUACGGUGGUGAGAUCGGUUAUGCCGGUGAAAUAAAGCACGGAAAACUAUCCCCCGUCAUCCACGACGGCCGCUCCAUUUUCCUCUCCCUCCCGCAGUCAAUUCAAAGCACCCGCUACCAUUCCCUCUCCGCAUCUCUCCUAAGCCUACCCUCCUGUCUCAUGGCUACCAGUGCCACCUCUGAUUCGGGUGUCAUAAUGGGCGUCCGUCACCGCACCUAUGUUGUCGAAGCCGUGCAAUACCACCCAGAAUCCAUAUUAUCAGAGGAGGGUGAAGGUCUCCUCAAGAAUUUCCUAUCUUUAAAAGGAGGUACUUGGGAGGAGAACCCCCACGCUAAAGUGAACGACCCAGAGAUGCCGCCCUUUCCAUAUGACGCUCUUACAGACAAGUCCAAAUCCAUCACCACAGAAGCCGCCAAGUCCUCCGCCCCUUCCAUCCUCACAAAAAUCGCACAAAAACGCACAUCCGAUGUUGAAGCCUUAUCCAACACCCCGGGGCUCACCCUUCCAGCUCUAAAUGCACAUCUCUCCCUGCACCUUGCACCUCCGCCGAUAUCCCUCUCCCAGCGGCUGCUCCACGCACGCAACGGGAUGGCACUACUUGCUGAAAUCAAGCGCGCGUCACCGAGUGCCGGAUCAAUCGCUCCACACACAUCUGCCCCACACACGGCACUAUCCUACGCCCUCGCCGGCGCAAGUGCGAUCAGCGUGCUCACAGAACCAACAUACUUCCACGGUCACCUCGAGGACAUGCGAGCCGUCCGAUUAGCCAUAGACGGGCUAGAUUCCAGGCCCGCUGUACUCAGGAAAGACUUUGUCCUCAGCGAGUAUCAGGUUGUAGAGGCCCGCCUGGCUGGUGCAGAUAGUGUUCUUCUCAUCGUUGCGAUGCUGGGCAAGGACAGGACACGGGCACUGCUCGAAUAUAGCACGGCUCUCGGCAUGGAACCUUUGGUGGAAGUGAACUCCCCGUCCGAGCUUCACAUUGCGCUGGAUGUCGGGGCCAAGGUCAUUGGGGUGAACAACCGUAACUUACACUCGUUCACUGUUGACAUGAGCACGACUUCGGGCGUUGCAGAAGUUCUGGAACAAAAAGGUAAAACUGGAGAGGUCAUCUUGUGUGCGUUGAGUGGCAUCAAAAGUCCCGUUGACGUGCGGGCGUAUAGGGAGCAGGGGGUGAAGGCUGUCUUAGUCGGUGAAUCGCUAAUGCGCGCAGAAGAUAAGGGCAAGUUUAUAAGACAAUUAUUGGACUGGGAUGAGCCCGUUCCAAAAUCUCCUUCAUCCCAAAUCCCCCCUACUGCACUCGUAAAAAUCUGCGGCAUUCUCACCCCAUCCGAAGCCCUCAGCACAGCAAACGCCGGCGCCGACUUCCUUGGCCUCGUCUUCGUCCCUAGCUCAAAGCGCUGCGUGAGCGUGCACAUUGCGCGAGAGAUCUCUUUGGCUGUGCGCAACGCUUUCCCACCUACUGAUUCCGAUGAAGAAGAGGGUAAAGACGAAAAUCUGAACCUUCCUCUUCCUUGGUUCACGUCACAUACCCACGCCUCCUACAUUCCGUCACCCAUGCGGAAGACGCGUCCCCUCCUAGUUGGUGUCUUCCAGAAUCAGCCCCUACGGUACAUUCAGCGGGUCGUGCACGACGUGGGCCUCGACAUAGUGCAGCUGCACGGCUCAGAACCCAUCGAGUGGGCCAGGAGCAUCGGAGUUCCAGUCAUACAGGUGGGCGGGGCUGAAGAAACUCACACCGCCCCUCUUCCAUCUCCGGAUCCCCUUGCGACCCUCACGACGCCCGGAUACCAUCAUUUUAUUCUGCUCGACACCACUUCCUCCGCUCAGUCCUCGUCUCCCAGCGGUGGUACAGGCAAAACUCUCGACUGGGCGCUCGCAGCGCGUCUCGUCAAGAAAGGGGAGGUGCCUGUCACUUCUCCAGACGUGAGCGUCAACGCAUCCCUGAGUGGCGCUGUGGAUCGUACGGGGGAACAAAACGUUGAUGAAGAACCCAUAAGCACAUUCCCUCUCCCUCUCAUCCUCGCUGGUGGGCUCAAACCCUCGAAUGUGCGCGAAGCGAUUGAGCGUGUGCGACCGUGGGCAGUGGAUGUGAGUGGGGGGGUCGAGCGUGAUGGGGUUGAUGACGAGAUUGAGAGGGUGGGAGGGAGAAAGGACGAGGAGAAGGUACGUGCAUUUGUAAAGGCUGCUAAGGGGAUGGAUUAG